AUGAUUGUGAUUGAUGUGUUUGAUGCAGAGGGGAAUGGUGUGGUGAUUGGUAUGGAGAUUGGUGUGGGGAUUGAUGUGGUGAUUGGUGUUGUUCUGGUUGUUGUAUUUGAAGUGGUUCUGGAGUGUUAUGAGGCUGUUGGGAAUUAUAUGAUUCAUGGCCCUUGCGGAAAGGACUUCUCUUAUUCAGCGUGUAUGGCCAAUGGAAAAUGUACCCGUCAUUUCCCCAAAAGGUACAACAGCAACACUUAUUUUGACGAUUGUGGUUUUCCAGUUUAUAAACGACGGAAUACCGGAGCCAAGGUGAAGCGUAAAGGACAUGACCUUGACAAUCGUUUUGUUGUUCCAUAUAAUCGAGACCUGUUGUUGCGAUUCCAGUGUCAUAUCAAUAUUGAGAUUUGUAAUAACUCUCGGUCGUUGAAGUAUCUAUUCAAACAUUGUUUAAAAGGACAUGACACCGCGACGAUGAUGCUCCGAAAGUCGAAAGGAAAUGGUAAUGUGGUAAGUGCAGAUAAUAAAUCUCGACAGAUGAAUGAGGUCAAGAAUUAUCUAGAUGGUCGCUAUAUUUGUGCUUCUGAAGCGUCUAAGAGAAUUUUUGGAUUUGAUAUUCAUUCUCGAUGGUCGUCUGUUGAUCGUCUUCCAAUUCAUUUACCAAAUAAUAAAUAUGUUAGCUUCAGAACUGGAGAGAGUCUCCAAGGGGUAUGUGAUAGGGCGGAUUCAAGAAAUUCUAAGCUUGAAGCUUGGUUUGUAGCAAAUAAAACGUAUCCUGAAGCCAGGCAGUACACGUACCAGGAAUUUCCAAGUCAUUUCACGUGGUUGCCGCGGGAAUGCAGGUGGAAGCCGCGCCAAAGGGGAGAAGUGGUUGGCAGAGUUUCAGAAGUCCAUGCAACUGCAGGUGAUUUGUUGUUUCUUCGCAUGCUGUUAAUGAGGAGGAAGGGAGUGUUGUCUUUUGAAGACAUAAGAACCAUUGAUGGCGUCACGUAUCCUACUUUUAAAGAGGCCUGUGGUGCUCUAAGUCUGCUGCACAAUGAUAAACAAUGGCAUGAUGCCAUGAAAGAGAAUGCAUACUCAUCUUUGGCUCAUCAGCUGCGUGAAAUGUUUGUGAAUAUUUUAUGUUACUGCUCUGUUACAAAUCCUGGAAACCUUUGGCAGUUACACUGGCAGUCUAUGGCAGAUGAUAUUAUACAUAAGAAGCGGAAGGAGAGUGAUGACAAUUCUUUGCAACUAUCUGAAUCAGACAUUCAAAAUUACACCCUUGCUGAAAUUGAGAUGCUUUUGAACGACGUUGGAAAGAGCUUAAGGGAUUUCCCAACCAUUCCUUUUCCUGGUGAAAAAUACUUCCAGUCUGAUGUUAAUCGACUCAUUGCUGAAGAAACAAAUUAUGAUGUAGAGGAGAUGUCUGCGUUACAUGACUCUAAUUUUGCAAAGUUGAAUGUAGAACAAAGAGAGAUUUACGAUUCUGUGAUUGGCAAGGCUGAAAAUAAUAUAGGCGGUGCCUUUUUUGUGUACGGUAGUGGAGGUUGUGGAAAGACUUUUUUGUGGCAGACAAUUUGUGCAAAGCUUCGAUCGCAACGUAAAAUUGUGCUCCCCGUGGCUUCGUCUGGCAUUGCUGCGGUGCUGCUUCCCGGAGGUAGGACUGCACAUUCGAGAUUCCACAUUCCACUCAAACUUGAUAAUUGUUCCACUGCAGGAAUAAAUCACGGGUCAGAUCUUGCUGAAUUAAUACGUCAGACAAGCCUUAUAAUCUGGGACGAGGCUCCAAUGCAGCAUCGUCAUGCCUUUGAGUGUGUUGACAGAUCUUUGCGCGACAUUAUGUCUUCUGUAGAUUCCAACAGAGCUAGAAAACCAUUUGGUGGUAUCACUAUUGUAUUUGGUGGUGACUAUCGACAGAUUUUACCUGUGAUUCGCAAGGCCACGAGGGCUCAGGUAGUCGGUGCUGCUUUCAAUCGCUCUAAAUUGUGGUACAGUUGUGAUGUUUUUCUACUUCGCCAAAACAUGCGUUUACGGGAUGGCAAUACUGCUGAAGAGAACAAAAGAAUAAAAGAGUUCAGUGACUGGCAACUUGCUGUUGGAGAUGGGAGAUUACCUACCAUCUCUCCUGCUGAAGCUAAUCAUGAAUCAAAAGUCGAGAUACCUGAUCAGUUUGUUGUCCGUAAUGAAGGUAGGCAUCCAAUUGAGACGCUGUUUGAUAUUGUUUAUAAGGAUUUUGAAAGUAGUAUGAGCUCAAAGGCAUAUCUGAGUUCGAGAGCAAUCCUAACUCCUACAAAUGUUUGGGUUGACGAUAUCAAUGUGAGAGUUCUUGAAAAGAUUCCGGGUACCUGUCACACUUAUCUUAGCCAGGAUUCAAUGGAAGAUUCUGUUUCUCCGCAUAGUGAUUUUGAUGCUUCCUUCCCAAUUGAAUAUCUAAAUUCAUUAGAUAUGCCAUGUCUUCCCAAGCAUGAACUGAAAGUCAAGGUUGGUGCGGUUGUUAUGCUGAUGCGCAACUUGAAUCAAAUCUUAGGGUUAUGCAAUGGAACUAGGAUGAUAGUUACAGACUGCAAGAAAAAUAGUAUUGAGUGUGAGAUUCUAUGUGGUUCACAGAUGGGAACCAGGCACCUUAUACCAAGAAUUGAUAUGAUUCCAAGUGACACUAAUCUUCCAUUUGAUUUUACGAGGACUCAGUUUCCACUACAGGUAUGCUAUGCCAUGACGAUUAAUAAGAGUCAAGGUCAAUCACUGGAUAUGGUAGGCAUAUACUUGCCACGGUCGGUGUUUUCACACGGCCAGUUGUAUGUUGCAAUUUCGCGGGUCACAUCCCCGAGUGGACUUCACAUAUUGAUUGAUGAUGACAAUGGAUCCAGCACCAAUGUUACAGCCAAUGUUGUCUUCGAGGAGGUUUUUUACAAUCUUCCCAGCUUAAAUGAUUGA